AUGGCGGAGUUAGUCGUCAAAACUAUAAAACAGCUAGAAUCACCAGACGUCAAUGUUUCGGAGGAAGCUCGACAAACUCUUCUUGUCCAGAUAUCUUACGGUAAUCAAGGACAACUCGAUUUUUUCAAAGAUUUGCAACAUUUCCAGGGUCUGGCGUCACGAAACUUGUGGAGUAUUACAUUGAAACCAAGUCAGAGAAAGCAGUUGAUUUACUUCAAAAAGUCCAAGAACCUCAUGAUGAAGUGAGUUUUUUUUUCAGGUCUACCCAAAUUAAUUUAAAUUUUUUUUUAACUCCACUAGAGAUUCUAUUUUACAGGAUCUCUUGAACUGUCUCGAACACUUUAUCAAGUCAAAGGGCUCAAAAUCAGCAAUUGCCAUUAUUUUGUUAGGUAGGGUUUUUUUCAAAUAGUAGCCCAUAUCGUAUUUUUUGUAGGCCAAAUUGUUCAACAAGCUCCGAGUUGGACUCCGAAAAUUUCUUCUCAUUCUAUUUUUCGGCUGAUACUGUCGUUCGUGCAAGAAACUUCGGUAUGUUGAAACUUCAAUUCAGAAUAGUAUUGAUUUUUUAGCACGAUGGCAAGGCCGAAAACUGUGUUUCUGGAAUUCUGAUGCUGUGCAUUUUGCUCCCUCAUUGCAGCGGCCUGAACUAUCCGAUACUCGCUAUUAUUUUCAACACAUUCAUUGCUGUGUGCAAUUUUUUGAGAAAACAAGUGAGGAAAAUUUUAUAAUUCUUGAAACUAAAAUAAAAUAACCUGGAAACAAAAUAGACUUUCAGAACAACUCGAAAAGAUUUCUUCUUUUUUGCUGGAGUGGUAACAUCUGAUUAAUAUGUGUUCUGAUUCUUACCUUUUCUUCUCAAGUAUCUUUCUCGAAAAUGUCCAAAUUCUAUGUUCUCUAUUGUUUUUUUGUUAUUUUUUUCAUGAUUUACAACAGAAGAAGGGAUUUUACUCGAAACUGAAGCAAAAAAAUACUAAACGUAAUGAAGAGAAAUUUUGGGUGAUUGGGGGUUUGUCUUUCAAAUUUCGAGCAAAAAUUCUUUUUGUUUUCGCGUAAACCUUUCUUUUAUCAGAAGAUUUUCAGUACCGUGAUGUAUCUGCAAUGGACUUUGACGACGACAGAAAAAGAGGGAAUCGAGAAAGAGAAGCGAUAACAGCUAGCCAUUUAUCGUGGGCAACUCGCGAAUUUUUCCAUAUCCUUUAUGGGAUUUAUCCACAAAACUUUGUCUAUUUCUUGAAGUGAGUUUUAUUAUAUUCUGUAAUCUGUGACAUUUUAUUUUUUUCCAGGCAAUAUUUUGGACGGGAUGGGAACGCCGAGCGUUCAGUUGUACUUCACAUUGUUUUAAAUCCGCUACUUUCCAGCGUACGACUUCAUCCGAAUCUUCUCAUCAUGACGCGAGAAAAAGAAAUAUCAAAAUCGCGGUAAGUGAUCCUCUCUCAUUUUUUAUUCACAUAUUCUCUAAAGAUAAAAAGUAAUCUUCGCAGAUGGAUGCAAAGAGAACCACACGACUUUCUUCAUGAAAGUACAAAUGUGGUUAUUGGAGCGCUACCACCGCCGAUGUACAACUACAAACUGAGUACGUUCUCGAAAUAUUGGACUUUCGUACUUUUUGGAUUUGCAGUAGAUACAAUAGAAGAAGAAGUGGAAGAUUCGGCACAAUGGACCAGUUUAUUGAGUGACCGUUCAGGGGUGCAAAAACGACCAAAGAUGAAAAAAAAAUAUAGUUUGAAAGAUUUCUUAACUUUUGAUUGAUCAAUAAUUUCAGAAGAAGAAGAGCUGGAUUUGGCAAUUGAAAUGACUCCAGAAGCCACAGAUGAUCUGAUCGCAGACACGUUUUCUUUGAUGUCGGGAAUGUGUGGCCCUUCGACUUUGGUCAAAAAGAAAGUUUCCUGUCCCAAUGGAAAUUCUUCAGGAACAUUCGGGCUGCCAAAAAAAUUUCAUCGGUUUAUUUUUUUCUUUCAGUUUUAGAACUUCAGAUAAAAAAAUUUUCAAAAAAAAUCAAUGGAUACAUAGUUAUGUUUUUUUUUGGCUUUUCAAAAAAAUUGAACAAAUUUUUCAAAUAAAGAGAAAAUUCUCAAACCCAAAAUUUUACAGAAACGUCACAGUCUCAUCUCAGAGGCAACCAAUGCUGCUCCAUUAGAAACGUCUAACAGAAGCAUCGUUAACCGGCUUUAUAAACAGCUUGAAAGGUAUAUCGAUCGUUUCAAAAAUAAGCUUACAUCUUCGAUUCAGGGAACAGAAGAAAGAAAACUUAGAGCUUUCCAAGGAAGCCGGUGCAAUCGAAAUUCUCAAGCCUGAUGGAGAGCUCGGAGAGAUGCAACUGGUAAGAUUUUGAAAAUAGCCCUUUUAAGGCUGAUUGUGGCAGAGAUUUGAAAAAAUGUCGCUGAUAGGGAAAAAUAUUAGAAAGUGUGUCUUAUAUUGAAAACUGAAGAGUGCGCCGAAAAGCUUUUUUUGCAUCUUCUUUCUCGAAUUGUUUCCAGAUCUAAAUAAAUGUUUAUAAUUCAUUUUGAUUAUGCUUGAAAUAAUAGACGAAGAUGCUUCACACAUUCCCACUAAUAAUGUCAAUAGUCGUCCUUCUUCAGAGAGAAGGACAGUCACCACCCUCAGGAGUUUCCAUUGCUGAAGACGCUUUGGCUGACCUCGUCGAACCUUUGACAGUACCGCAAGAAUACUACGACGACUCCCCGUCGGAUUGGGACGAAAGCCCGGCAGCCGCGACCCCAGAUUUACAAAGAAACACGGAUUCUCCAGCGAGCUCUGUUUUUUCGGAUGCUUCCGACAGUAUUGUGUGCAGCCGACCUUUUGAUCUGGCCCCGUUUUCGGAUCGACUUCCUACAAGUAGCAGUAGUCCGCCACCUAAGAUCCAAGGAAGAAUCAUUUUCGGAAUGGAGGAAGUUCAUCCAAAGAAGUUGAAAGUGGAAAUCGUAAAGGUUUGUUGAAUGAAAUUUACAAAAAAAAGCGCAUUAAAUUUGUAAUUACAAUUUCAUUGUGCGAUGUUUUCUUUGUUAUACAGAAAAGUGGAGUAAAACGUUUGCCAGAAGUUUAUUAAAGAAAAAAUCCAUUCAACACUUUUGCCACUUUUCCCAUCAAUGUUUUCAGCCUGUGCUUGUGAAACCGUCGUAUAAGCCCGGAAAUAGUCUGAGGAAAAUUCUGCCGCCCAAAGACUUUGUUUUUCCGAAGCUUGUUCCGGUGAGACUCUUCGAGAGGUCAAAACCUUUUGACGUGUUUUGUUCAGAAAGAGCCGCAAACAGAAAGACAGAAGUCAGAAGAGCUCACAAUUCAAGAAGAACCGCCGAAAGCAGAAGGAGUCGAAGAGAAUAAAGAAGAAGUCGAACAAGAUUGGAAGCAAAGACAGAAAUCCUUGCUUGCUGCUGCGAAGGCGGCUCGCGUGACUUUGAGAAACCGCGCGGCGACUGAUUCGAUCAUCAACUCGAUCGCCAGCGAGACUUCUGCAUUUAUGAGGUUUGAAUCGGAAAGAUCUGCUACGUUGUUUGAAAAAAACACAUCCAGCAUGAUCCACGAUAUGUCUGGGAACAGUUUGUCUUUCAUAAAUCUAUGAAUGAAAACAAAAUUGCCAACUUUUUCAAGGUCCCCCCAAAAAAUUUGUAAAGAUUAUAUUUGAGAUAGAGAACUUUUGAUGGAUAUAUUAUUUUUUUAUGCAUAUGCUGCUUGAUUGCUAUUAAUUUUUUAAAACUUUUUCUCCGAGUCCUUAAGAAAUUUUCUAUAAACGACGUUUUAAAAGUUUUUUUUUUCUGAUUCAAAAUGAUUUUUAUUCGGCUUUUUGAAUACUGUGUACAUACUGUGAAGUUUAGUAGAUAGUCUUCAGAACAUCCAUGCUUUAACAGAAACUUUUUUUCAGCACCGAAAAACUGGAUGGAUCUCCCACUUCAAGUACUGCCGACGUUUUGCUUGGUGUUCAAGUGAAUGAAUAAUAUUAAUUGUAAAAGUUUUUUUUCUUCAAGGGCUCUACAACAUCUGAAAACCAGUUUUCGUUUGAGCCGCAACAAAGAAACAGGCUGUCAUUCACAACUCUCAUAAAUCGGUUGAACAAGUCGAGAUUCUCCUACGAAAAUCCAGCCCGAACCGCGGAAGAAAUUCGGGACCACCGACUGAAAAUCUUCUCUCCGAAACUGUAAUUUUAUCUACCGCUUUGGUAGUUCAUGAUGAGAAUUUUCAGACCAAAGUCAGGUUCCUGUCCAGAUCUUUCGAAAUACGAAGAUGUCAAUAUCAAAAAAGAGGAUUUGAAACUGAAACCUGAGCUUGUCAAUCAAGUGUCGGUGAUCACAUCGGAGAAGUUGACGGACAAGUUUCCUUACCUCACACUCAUCAAUAACAACAAUGAUGAGAUCUGUGCGUUAAUAAUGAUUCAGUGUAUCAAUAAUUUUGAUAAUUUCAGAUGUUUCUUUCGAGAAACAGCUGGAAAAAAGAAAUGAGAACAGGAAAGGGAUGUACAUGCGAAAAAGCAUGGUGAGUGAGAAAUUUGAAUUUCAUUUUAAAAACUUUGUUUUCAAGGAAUUCCACAACUGUCUGAAAGAUCUCGGGAUGGCGGAUCGGUUACCUGGUAGAAUUUACGACGACAUGUCCCAAAUUAUUCAGGGGCUAUCCGUGGACAAACAAGUAUUCUGAUUUUUUUUUAAAUCGGUAAAUGGAAAUUUUAGCGCGACAUUCUCCGAGCACGGUUGAAUCUUGUGAACCAACAUCUUCUCUACGAACAAAGUUGCCGCUUGCUGCAUUCCAACCGCAACAGACGUCUUUUUGGACGUCUGAAACAGCAAUCAGUACAUUCGAGUAAAUGUGUAGAAUUUAUUUUGAUUUUUCAGGUUUCCGAAGCUGAGUAUGUGUCCUUGAAACAAACCAUUUACGUUCUCAUGAAUGAGAGGUUCAACUUUUUUUAUCAUUAAAAAUCUUCGCCACCGGGGAAUUUUCAGGAAAGAGCUGGUCUACUCCUUAGAGAACAUGAGAAAAGAAAACAUCGAGAAAGAACAAGAAUUGGUGGAUUUGUACGACAAGGAGAUAAACAGGAUAAGAAAGGCUGAAGAACGUUCUGAAGAACUGGCAGAAGAGCUGAGAAAAAUGCAAUUCAAGUGGCAGGCACAGGAGCAGUAUUUUAAAGGAUUGGGAAAUGUGAUUUUGUCUUUUUUUCCAGAAAAUUUUGAAUUUUUCAGCUCGAAAUACUCAACCGGAAAACGAUCGAUCAAGAAGUAGAGAUUUCGUUAUUGAAAAAGCAAAUCGGCAAAUAUGAGGUUGCGAAAUAUUCCUUAAACAUUUGAUUUUUGAGAAUUCAGAUCAUGAUCGAAUCCAUGUACAAAGCACAGCGAGAAAAUCAGGCCCUGAAAGACAAGGUGGGAAUCAACCAAAGAAAAAACUCAUUUAAAAAGAUGGGGAAAUUGAGAAAAUUGUGUGAAGAACUGUGUUGGAAAAAAUGAAAAUGAUCCCGUUGGUCUUGAAAAUUUUUCUGAUAAUGUUCAGAGUUCAUUCUUAAUAUGACUUUUUUCACGUCGGUUCGGGUUGAAAAAACACAAAAAAGUUCCCAGUUUUAUCCGACAAAAAAUGACACGUUGUUCGUUCCCCAACUUUCCACGUGUAUUCACUACAAAAUAUAAGUUUUCCUUCAGAUCAAGCAGUUACGAGCUCAAACUCUCGCUAAACACGAUUGUCAUUCUCAUCUCGAAAUCGAGGCCCUGAACAAUCAAUUGGAAAAAGCUCGAGCCGAUCUGAUUCAUUGGAAAAACUUGUGUGACCAGACCGCGUAUGUUUUUUUAUACUUGAAUUCAUUAUUAUUAUUACUGUUUUAAGCACCGCUCUGGAAUGUACCGAAGAAGAUUUGAAAAUGGAAAGAGACAAAGCUGCUCAAUUGCACAACGAUUUGUGUGAAACGACCAGGGUACUUGCGUUUUUCAUAUCAAAAAUUUUAAAAAUUUUGAGAAUGAGAAUUGUUGACUUUUUAGCAAAGCGAUUGUAUACUCGACUCGAUGGAAUACCGAAUCAAGGCGCACGAAACUGUCAGAACGAAAAAAAUGAGGACGUCAUGAACUUGAUGUACUCCAAGAUUGAGGUUAGCGCUUUUUCUAGUUUUGCGUAGUUCAUGUGGUUUAUCCGGAAUAUUUCGCUGGAAUGUUCAAAACUUCAAAAAGUUUAAUUAAUUUGAGUGUCAAGUCGUUGGCGUUAAACUUACUUCAAAACACUUUGUUAAUCCACUGAGAAUUUUUAAUUAUUGAAGAGAUUUUGAAAAUAAAAAAGCAGAAAAACUUUAAAGUUCAGUCUAAUGAAAAAAAGUUCUUGCAGCAACUUUCGACGAAUCGUCGCUGUUGGCGAGGAAUUAUUGAUCCCAAGAACGAUCAACCCGAAUUGAAUCCUCCGGAGUCCGACGAAAGCGAUGUCGAACCAAGUCGCCUCACUUAUUCGUAGUGAGAAAUUGAUAUUUUUUUCUCUUAUCUUCAGCUUAAACUCAAUUUCUUUUGACUUGAAAUGCGUGAUGGGUAGGCUGAAAAGAGUGACCCGAUGCCCACGCGACGCGCCUUUUGUGCAGGAAAUCAAGCCCGAAAAAAAGCCACUAUAAAUUUUUAGAUAAGUUUUUAUGUUAUGGAAAAGGUUCAGAUGAACGAAUAAAAUUUUAAAAAAAUAUAUGAAACACUGACCUGAACUGUCCCGCCAAAAAGCCGCGUCGCACACGCAACGCAUCACUCAUGCCAAUCUAAUUAUUUCGCUUUUGAGCCUAGAAAACUUGACGAUAACAUUAUGAAGCUUUUCACGAUUGGCCAAAUAAGUUCUGCGACAUAUUUUUUGACCCAAGCCUCCGAAUGUCUAAUGCUGAUCUUGAUUUUUCUUUUUCAACCUUUUUCUUUGCAGUUUCGACGAAAUCCAUCGCGAUCCAUAUGGUGCUUUUCGCUGCGGUUUCUCGAUUAAAAACGAGUUCCCCGCGGAAGGGCCUCGUAAAGUGCAGCGGAAAAGGUCCCUAUCGCCAGAAGAGGUCCCGCUCGCCCAGCCGUACGCAAAUCUUCCAGCCGAUUCUGAGCUUCCGGGUAUCCUGAAAAAGUAUCGCAGACGACAAAAUGGCCGGAAGCGUCGUGUUCCACAAUCCAAGCGCAAUCUUAUGCCAGAAGUCACUAAAACUCAAAUUGGUCGCACCAAAAGUCUGCCUAACAUCAACCGUCCCACGCCCAACGUCAUUCAAUUGACUCCCGUCGAGGCCUACUACGCCUAUUCCAUCGAACAGAAGCCGAAAAGAUCAAUUUCUUGCGAUGGUUACUUUGUCUACGACACGGAUUUCCCUCUCGGGUUCGUUUUAUUUAACUCGUUACUUUUCGGCGACAUAUAAAAGUACAGUUCUAUCAAAAAAUUCAUCUGAUAAUUACGAAAUUUAUCGAAAUGCAAAACAAAAAUUUUUUUCCUGGGCGAUAAUUGAAACCGGAUUAUUGUCUAGCUAGUUCCUGUGAAGAAAUUUUUUUUUUUCAAUUUUUUUAUAAUGCAAUUAAUCAUUUUCUAAAAUCUUUUUUGUUGGAAUGUAACAAUUUCCUACCUAUUUCUCGAGCUUUGAACAAAAAUUUUGCAUAAAAAAUUGCAAAAAUCCUUUACGAGGUUUGAGCUUACAAAUUCAAGAUUUUUUGACGUUAAGACAAAAAAUGCAAAAGAUCAAUAUUACAGAAUGCUCGGGAGAAUCCGGAAAUUGCUUUUGCCUCAAUUUAAAUGAAAUCGUUCCCCUUCAUGAUAUGGUUAUAUUUUUCCAAAUCCUUCACUUCAUUUAAAAAAUGUUGUUCCAAAAAUCAGCCCAAACUAGCUUUCUACUCAAAUCUGGUGCAUGAAGGUAAAGAAAAAAGAAGCAAAGAGAAGUGGAAAACAAUGUCGUAGAUUACUAGUUCCCAAGCGGUCAGCUUUGAAAGAUGAUGUGGACAUUAUUCAAGUCAUGUCAUCGCGUAAUAAAGCGAGUGUUUCCUUUUCAGGUUCUGGGAGGACGGAUCUCUGCGCGACCAGAUUUGCUCGGAAACUCAGAGGCAGUGGGUCGACAACAUCUGGGAAUACGCCUCGUUGAAUCCGAAUAUCGCGCAGCCUAAUGAAGAUUACAUCUCCAUAGAAGACUUAGUCAAGGAGUACGAGCUUCGGCCGAUCGUUCUGUCAGUUCCCUUUUUGGUUCCAAAAUGUUGAUUUUUUAUUUUUCUACUCGCGAAAUUCUAACAGAGAUAUCCCAUCAUUUUUUUUUUCAAGUUUCAUUAUCACCUAGUUGCGUUUCUAUUUUGAUUUAAAAACUAGAGGCAGGCUUUUCGUAAUUUUUUCCGGGAACCAGAAGCUGGAAUAAGUUGCUGAUAAACUCGAAAACCUUGAAAAAAAAAAAUUUAUUUUCACCCUGCGGACGUUGUAGUGAUAGAAGGGCCUUUUUAUUUAUUUUUUUUGUCAAAUAGUUCAAAACUUGAAGAACCUUCAAGAUUACCUAGAACUCGGGAAACAAUGAAUCCAAAAAAAGCUUGUUAGCAAGACAUUUCAUAGUGCAAAGUCUCAGAAAAAAGGUACUAUCAUACAAAAAAAGUUUUCAGACCUAGAGACAAAACGGGAGAAAGACAAUCAAAUCGUCCGAGCUCUCAAGAGGUUUUUCCAUGGCUGUUUCCACCGAGAGGCUUCGACGAGGAGAUGCGUCGCAUCAUCGUCCCCAAACGAAAGAAACCUGACUACGUCAUGUUUCCAGAUAGUCCAAUAUUAUGUUCCAUGGUAAUGCCCGGUCCAUCUGACGCUGAACGUGAUUCCGAUAAAUGCAGAGAUGAAGAUGAAAACUAA